AUGUUGAAAGGAAAAAAAGUAGUUUCAAAGACAAGCGCACCAACAGUGGAAGAUGCAACAUCAACUGAAGAAGAAAUUCCAUCAGUUGCGGUAGAAGAAAAUCAAAAAUCAAUAUCACCAAGAACGAGAGCAAAGUCAGCAUUAAAAGAUUCAACACCAAUUUCAUCCCCAACUCCAUCAGUUGUUGCAGAAGAGAUUCGGAAAUCAACGAGAUUGAAGAGAUCAUUAGAAGAUUCAACAUCAAUUUCAGUACCAGAAAGUUCAAAAAAAUCACCAGCUAAGAAGAAAUCUAAGCCUUCAAAGCCUUCAAAUCCUCCAAAGCCUCCAAAGUCUUCAAAGCCUUCAACAAAAAAGGCAAACAGAAGUAUGAUUAGCAAGAACCAGUUUGCACACUAUUUUGAUUCUUUGGAUAGGAUGAAGAGAACUUACUGGCCAGUUCAUAUACAUGAGUAUCUCAUGGCGAGCAUUAAGAAACAUCAGGAUUCACCAAUUAAAGUUAAUGGUUGUGUGCUUUAUCUGUUGAUGCAACCAGGAUGGGUGAAGGCUUAUACUGAUGAAGAGCGAUUGCUUUUGGAUGAGUACCGGAGGCAGAAACAAGAAAAUAGUAUAGAUGAUGUGAAGGAAAAUUUGCGCAUUUCAGAUAUGCGAAGAAAGGAGUUGCAUGAUGAGAUUACUGAAGUUCUGGAUAGGCAAGAAAGGCUUUUUAGUUUCAUUGAAGAGAAAAGACUAAAAGUUAAUGAAGUUGGUCUAAUGAACUUGACAGAAAGACAAGAGGAGGAGGAGGAGGAUGGGGAGGAUGGGGAGGAUCACAAGGAAGAUGAGGAGAUUGAGGAGGAUGAGGAGGAUGGGGAGGGGCACAAGGAAGAUGAUGAGAUUGAGGAGGAGGAGGAGGAUGACAAGGAGGAGCACAAUGAAGAUGGUGAUGUGCAUGAUCAUAAUUAUGAUGAUGAUGGUGAUGACAAUGACAAUGAGGGUAGCAAGGGUGGUGAUACGCAUGAUCAUGACAAUGACAAAGAGGGUAGCAAAGGUGGUGAUGACGAGCAUGGAACUGAAUCUGAAAGGAAUGAAGUUCCGUCUGAAACUCCUGAAAAGCAAAGCACUCCUUCACCAAAGACCAAUGAGGCAAAUGAAGAAGAGGAUGGCAAGGAUGGAACAAGCCGAGGAGUUGAGUCUGAAACUGGUAACAAGCCGAGCACUCUUCUGCCAAAGGAAGUUGAAAUCGCUGAAGCUCAAACUGAUGAAAUUGACAAAGUAGAUGGGUGUGAAGCUGCUAACAAGCAAAGUACUUCAAUGCCAAAGACAAGUAUAAUCAAUGAAGAUAAACAAGACCAAGUGAACCUUGAUGACUGGAAUGUGAUGGAUGGCACUCGAACAGCUGAAAUUGAUGAAGCUACUAUAAUUGCAGCUGAAGCCAUAUGUCAGUUGGAUCCUAAAGAAGUCAUUUUACUCACACAAGGAGAAGAAUCACAGAAUGAGACUUAUACAUCAAUUGAGGACCUUCUAGAUAACUUGUCUGAAACUGUGUUCGUAAAGCUUGAAAAAGGUUGUUACAGAACGACACCAUCUGAAGUAAAGGAAAAGAUGGCAACCCUAAUUCGCCACGAUUGUCCAAGCUUUGCAUUAUUAAUCCAAGAAGAUUCGUCGCAAAAAUCAUUAUCCAAUGAAGAUGUACGAGAAAGGAUCAUUGAAGAAGCAGUGCAGUUCAUUCAACAAAAUCCUAGUAAAUUUUUUAGUAGCCAAGAGGUAGAAGAAGAGAAGACGACUCUAGUGAGGACAAGAGCAGGGAGGAUGAAGGAAGCAGAGAUGUUGAAGACACAAGCCGCUGGCAAGUUGUCCAAGACACCACAAAAGAGAAAUGCAAAAAGAAAGCUAGAUCCCGAUUUCACUGCCGAGGGUAAAACCAAACGAGUUGUGAUAAAAGAAGAUCCAAAAGGCAAGGGGAUCAAAGAGGGACAAGAACCAGGCUAUCCUGCGCCAAUAAAGAUAAAGGGAGAUGUAUAUUGUCCUCACAAUCCAUUGCCAGAUGUUCGUCUAUCACCACUAUACCAAGCUAUGCAAGCAGGAUAG